AUGGCGAGUGCGUUGCUGGACACGGCGGGUUGGGUGCACAAAACUCUGUUUUCUUUUCUGCGCCCUCUCGGACGGCAGCAGCAGCAGGAGCAGCAGGAGGAGGAGGAGGCAGAGGAGCGGGUGACGCAUGAUUGGAACGAGCUACCCUCACCAGCAGUGCGACCACCCGCCGGCAGUGUGGAGGUGGCGCGUGCGGGGCGCACGGCGGGUGGUGACAGCAGGUGGAGGCGCGACAUAUCGUCUCCAUUUGUUUUUCCUGUUGCACGCCGUUCUCGGCGACGGAUUCGCUCGCCAGACUCAGGCGUUUGUGCGGUGCGGGGAUCGCGUGAUAUGACGCAUCGAUUCACGGAGAUAUUUCGUCGCUGGAGCUCCAGGAGCAGAGAAGGCAGAACCUUUGUCGACAUGGAGGAAGGGACGGAGGAGGAGGAGGAAGAGGUGGCAACUGUCUCGCCCUCGACCUCAUGGGCGUCGACGACGAUAUCGGCGAGUGCGUCCACGGCUCGUUUAAAUGCCUCGCGGGGCGCAGCCGGUGGCAGUGUUGCGGGGCGUUCUCGCUCUCGCACGCUGCUGGUGCCUCAAAAAAGGCAAAAACAGCCUGUACCUGCGGAUGAAAUGCGGCAUCGUGUCAUGUCAGCGCCCCUCUCAAUGUGGGAGGUUCCUCUGCUAGAAGAGAUGGGGCCGAGAGAGCAGCUGAACAGCCGUGGGGCGACGGGAAUGGAACAUGACAAUCUCGAGGGGAAAGUUCUUUUUGCACCACUGGAGCUGCCGCAAGAAACACCGCCGCCACGAACACCGCCGGUCGAGGGCGCUUUUCUCAGCCAAAAGGACUCUCCUGGUGUCACUGUCGCCUCUCCCUAUUUUCCCCACAUGACGGCAAACAGGCCGAGCACCGUACGGGAACGAGAUGCCCACCAGUUGGCCCUUCACAUCCGUGAAAUGAGGGCGCUGUUGCCGCGUGGAUACGGAUGGAGAGAACCACCAGUGGGAGAUGCGUCGCAUGACCCAAACGAGCUGAAAUUUCCUGGGGGAAAACCACCACCGCCAUCGCCAGCCUAUGCGAUAAAAGACUCGGUUGUCUUUGAUGAUCUUUCUUGUAGUCUUUUGCUCUCGGCUGUCACGGAGGACGAUCGGCGUGUGCGUGUUGUUUACGAGGACAUGAUGCAUACUGUGUGCAAGGGAAUAGUGGAAGACGAAAUCCACAAAUACAUCCAACUCAUGGAGGGUGUGGCUGAGCGAGCGUUGGAUUAUUGGGUCAUCGACAUUGUAUUGAAGGACACGGCGGAUGCGAUGAAGCGAGUUUUCCCUGCAUGGAGUUUAUCCAGGGGUAUUCAACGUCAUAUCAGGGAGCGAAAAGCGGUUGUUUUAACUGCCUUGGUGGAAGAUGAAGAGGACGAGGAGGUGUAUGGACUUGUCUUGCAUCGAGGUAGAAGAGACAGUAGCCAAGCUAAUGGGGUAGCCGUGUCGUUCCAAAGUGGAUUGUCCCUGAGUUACCAGCAAAUCGCCACCUUGGGCCCGGGCCAGUGGCUUAACGACCAGGUCAUCAACGCGUAUCUGAGUAUGAUCUGUGACGAGCGCAACAAUACCAGCGGUAAAGAGGAGGUGGUUUCACUGGGUACGCACUUUUUUGCAAGGGUUGAACAGGAGUUGAAGGGGGACCUCUCCAAGGUUGUGCAAUUGCCUUCUUUACAGAAAGACAGCGGUAUACUUCGUUGGUUACGGCGUCGUCGUAAUAUCCUGCAACCAGGCGCCACACGUGUCAUUCUCAUUCCUGUCAAUUUGUCGCAAACCCACUGGGCAUUGGCUGUUUUCAAUUGGGAAUUUCAUACAUGGUUUUAUUACGAUAGUUACAUUCGUGGCAAGGCGGCCAUGACACGUGGCAUUUUGGUACUUCAGCAGUUAUCGCACGUGUUUUUGGAGUCUUGGCGUAUUCUUUGCGACAGUGAGGGAGGAAAUGCAUGCCAUCUAGCUGACUGCAAACUUGUGGUGGCUGAGCCAUUGCGUGGGAAUGAACGCUCCUACGAUGGUGGCUUUGCUUUUGCCCCACAACAAAGUAAUUUGUAUGACUGUGGCGUCUUUGUUUGCCAUAUGGCCUGGUGUGCGGUGCAUGGUGUCGCCACAGUGUUUACUCAAGAGGAUGUGACUGCGCAUCGAAGGGCUAUGCUGCACGAACUUCUCUGCCAAAAGAGUCUUUUGCAGUUUCCCGUGAGCGCCUUUUUGACACCGUGA